AUGAAAUCUGUCGUAGUUCUGGUGUUUCUGGCUGCUGUUGCUAAUGCGAAGUGGAUUGGCGAGUUGCAGACCAACAGUUAUUCUUCCGACGGGCCAUCUCGGAGGAUCGUGAACGGCCUGGAGGCCAUUCCCGGACAGUUCCCGUAUCAGGUCAUGUUGCUGACUGAGUUCCCCGAGUCACCUAGCCUUAUAGCUGGAGGAUCCGUCUUGACCGUCAACUACGUCCUGACAGCGGCAAGCACGUUCUUCAACUCAGGAGCCCAAGCCACCGGAGGUACCGCUGUGAUGGGUGCCAACAUUCGUGCCAAUCAAGAGCCUUCCCAGCAGCGCAUUCGUUACGAUGCUUCUGGAAUCAUUAUUCAUCCGCAAUACGUGGUAACCAACAGACGAAACAACGUUGGAGUUGCCCGGCUGAACACACCGAUGACCUUUAACGAUCGUGUUCAACCUAUUCGUCUUCCGGCACGAUCCGAUACUCGGCAGUUCGAAGGAUUCAUCGGAACCAUUGCCGGAUUUGGACGAUUCGUGGAUGAACCGGGUGCUUCCGAUGUGCUGAGGUAUAUUACCAACCCGAUCAUGAUGAAUGCCUUUUGUAUAGUCAGAUGGGAUUGCCUGACAGUUCAACCAGAUAACGUUUGCUUGAGUGGUGACGGCGGACGGUCAACCUGCAACAGUGACAAUGGCGGUCCUCUAGUAGUCAACGAGGGAGGACCCUUGCAGAUCGGAAUAGCAUCUGUUUUUAGCAAUCCAUGCUCUAUUGGCUUGCCAUCGGUGUACACACGAGUAAUCCCGUUCCUGCCAUGGAUCGAGGCCAACACUGAUUACGUAGUGAGACCUUGA